AUGGAGAGUGAUGUCCCUGCCGUGGAGCUGCAGCCGGCACUCCCGGCAGUGCCAAUGGAUCAGCCAGGCCAGCCAGAGGCAGCAUCUCUGCAGCCGGCAAUGGCGCAGGUGCAGCCGGCAAAGCCGCCGGUGCAGCCAUGGGAGUACAGCCUGCGGAAGUACCUCCUGCUGCUGGCCACCUUGGUGGUGACCGUCACUUACACGGAGGGGUUCAGCCCACCGGGAGGCGUCUGGCAGGCCGCCCACGAUGGCCAACCUGCCGGCGACCCCAUCAUCCGCUACACCCACUACCACCGCUACCUCGCCUUCCUCUACUGCAACGCCGCCGCCUUCGCCGCGUCGCUCGUGGUCAUUGUCCUCAUCCUCAUCCUCGCAAUUCGGCACGACAAGAAGGGGAAGGACAGCCAAUGGGUUGUCGUGCCCCUGCGGCUAGUCAUGGUGCUGGACCUACUCAGCCUCAUGGGCGCGUAUGGCGCCGGUACCUGCCGCGACAAGAUUUCAAUCUUCUACUUCGCGGUACUUGUGGCCAUCGUCUUCCUCUACAUCCUCGUUCUCAAGUUGAUGGACUGCUGGGACAAGAACUCCGAUUCCAGUGCCGGCAUGAUUCCUGCCCCCGUCGCCAGCUCCAUAGACGGGAUGCCCGUCAACAUGGGCUCCGACUCCGGUGGCACGACGCCCAUUCCCAAUCCUGACUCCGGCACGAGUUCCGGCCCUGUCGCCAGCUGCGAUGGCAGGAUGCCCGUCUCCAACGACAACACCGGCUCCGACGACAUCAUGCCCGCUCCCAAUCCCGACUCUAGCACCGACACGAUUCCGGCCCCCAUCCUCGGCUCUGACCCGGCCAUUGUCGACAAACGGUUCCGCGACCGCAAGGCCCUGAAGAAGCUGAAAGCCGAAGAACGGCUCCGCAAGGUCCUGAUGCUUCUGGCUACAUUCGCGGUGAGCAUCACGUACGUGGCCGGGCUGAGCACGCCAGGCGGGUUCUGGGACAGCACCGGGGGCAGCCACCGCCCAGGUGACGCCAUCCUCAAGGACCAGCACAACCCACGCCUGACGGUGUUCUUGCUCUGCAACACCACAGCAUUCGUGGUGUCCCUUCUCAUCACCAUGCUGCUUAUCAUCGACGGCAAGAAGCUCCGCAAGAAGAAGACGGCUCGGUCUCGCAUGCUCUGUGGGUGCAUCGUGGUCGCCCUGGUCGGCCUAGUCGGCGCAUACAUCGCCGGCAGCUGCAGGGAGAUUGAUACCACCGCCUACGUGGCCAGCUUGGUCGGUGCCGUUCUAGCAAUAGCACACAUCAUCCUACUCUAUGGUAUCUACGCUUCAGCGCAACAAACUGAAGAAAUUCAGCAGACUGAUGCUAAUGUCAGUACAAUACAGUGCAGUGGCAAGGAGGUUCUGGACAAGGCUCGCUCUCUUGUUCUACUGCUUGCCACUCUUGCCGCCGCCAUCACCUACACAGCGGGGUUGAAGCCACCGGGAGGACUUUGGCAGGACAACACCAACGGGCACAUGGCCGGUGACCCCAUCCUUCUCACAACCAAUGCUAGCCGAUACAAGGCCUUCUUCUACUGCAACUCGGUUGCCUUUGUGGCCUCCUUGGUGGCCAUUGUCCUAGUCCAGACGGAAAUUCUGGUCAAGCACCACGUGCUGGAGGCAGCCAUGAUACUUGACCUCUUUGGCCUCAUCGGUGCAUAUGCCGCCGGGAGCUGCCGGGGCGUGAACAGCUCCAUUUACGUCAUGGCUUUGGCAGGCCUCGUCCUGGUCUAUGUGGUGAUCCAUGUUAUCUUCUUCACGCUGGAUCACGAGGACAAAAACCACGACAACCAGGCAAAUCAGUUGCUGGAGAAGAGGCGCAAACGGUUGCUCCUCUUCGCGAUCUUGGCUGCGACCAUUACCUACCAAGCCGGCCUCACCCCUCCUGGUGGCUUCCUGCUCCAGGAUGACAACCUCGGACACCAGGCUGGCGACCCGGUCCUCUUGUACAACUUCCCACGUCGCUACAAGGCAUUCUUCUACUGCAACUCGGUGAGCUUCAUGCUUUCCAUCUCCCUCAUCCUCCUCCUGGUGAACCCCAAUCUAUACAGGCCAGCCAUACGAAGCAAUGCGCUAUCUGUUUGUACGGCUGUGGGCUUGUUUUGUUUGAUGGUGGCCUACGCCGCUGGAAGCACCCAACACCUCAAGACAUCCAUCUACAUCUUUGUGUUGGUCGGUGUGGUCCUCUUCGUUGCAGCUGGACUGCUGCUAGUAUUUGCGCUGAGGGAGCAAAACAAUAGUGACAAUUCAGCAGCUGCCGCGUCAUCCAUAUCCCAUGAACAGGAGGAAGAAGAAGAAAGGAACAAGGAGGAAGAAAGGAAGAAGCACGCGAGGCGCAAGUACCUGAUGCUGCUAGGAAUCUUGGUGGCAAGCGUUGCCUACCAGGCCGGCCUGGAACCGCCCGGCGGAGCAUGGCAGAGCAGUGGCAAUGGAUAUGAGGCAGGCGAUCCGGUGAUGCAUGAUAUCAGGAGGCCUCGGUACCUUGUCUUCUUCUACAGCAACUCCUUUUCCUUCGUGGCUUCCAUUGUUGUCAUCAUGAUGUUACUGCCGCACUGGCUGCCAAACAGGAAGAAAGAAGAAUGGGAGAAAUGGUCGUUGAGGGUGAUGAACUGGACGAUCCUGCUGGAUUUGGUCGCUCUCCUAGUGGCAUAUGCAGCCGGAUCCAGCAGGGGUUGGAAGACGUCUGUGUAUGUCAGCAUGCUCAUACUUGCCGUUCUGGGCUACUUUGCAAUCCAUAUGACGCUGUCAAUAUGGUCUGAUCGUUGCCAUCGCCGUCGUCCUCUCCAUGAGAGGGUUGAGAGCAGCCAAGAAAAUCCUCGAGUUUGGAUAAACCUGCUUCCCAAUUGGAGCAUGCCAGCGUGA